AUGGUGACUCUGCAUUCUAGUGAAAACUCGUCAUAUCGUACAAAUUGUGAGUGGCACCAACGGUUGAACGGACGUUUCACCGACCUCGCUGACGGCUAUAAAGUCUCUCGAACAAACUCUGGCUCGCUCGCUGCCACACCCCCCUUGUUCAACCAGUCUCACUUCGACAUUGUUCUUCGGCGGCAGCGUGCUCGUCAAGAGGGAAAGCCAAAAUUUACGGCUGUUCCCUCGAGAUUCUUGAAUCUCACCAAUGACUUCGAGUUUGCUGGCUGGGGUUCUAUCUCUCAUCUCACCCUUGCACCCGAAGAUAUAUGUCACGGUGAAGUUGAAAUGAAUUCUUUCCGAGAGCAGCAAGUUCUUGGCCAGUUUACAGCCAGCGCCCUUGCAGCGAAUGACAUACUUGGCGGUGUAUUCUACACUCUGCCAAGCGUCGUCGCUGUCGCUGGUGUCUAUUCUCCUAUUUCGCUAUUUGUGGCAGCUUUGACUUUAUUCCUUUGGCGUCCUGUCAUGGAAGAAAUGGCUUCUGCUCUUCCAAUCAGUGGUGCUCCCUAUACCUACCUGCUCAAUGUAUCGACAAAAUCCGUAGCUCUUCUUGGGGCAGCGCUCCUUCUUCUGGAUUUUUCAGCCACAGCAGUAGUUUCGGCUGCAACUGCGACAUCAUAUCUUGCAGGCGAAGUAUUGCUACCCUUUCCGAUCUAUGUUGGUGCUGUCCUUGUUUUCGUGCUGUUUACUGUAGUCAGCCUUUGGGGCUUGAGAGAAAGUGCUCGUGUAGCAACUGGUGUACUGGCGAUGCACGCUGUGGUAAUGAUCAUGCUUGCUGUGGCUUCUGUCAUUGCUUGGGGACGAGGCGGGAUGGCUCAGCUCAGUUCCAAUUGGUCGUUGGGGCACGUUGGAUUAUCUCCAGCAGCUAUAGCCCGACAGGUAUUCAAUGGCGUCUGUCUAGGGAUGCUAGGAUUGACUGGAUUUGAAUGCGCACCUUCAUAUACGUCAAAAAUGAAGCAGAACCGUUAUCCCAAGGUUCUGCGCAAUCUGCAUUUAUCUGUACUUGUCCUCACCAGCGGGAUGAUGCUCCUUGUUAUGGCAUUAUUACCUCUUGAUGUGAUUCAAAGUGGCAACAAUAUCCUCAGUUUGUUGGCACAAAAGGUUGCAGGACGGUGGUUACGAAUAAUGGUCGUAGUUGACGCCGUUGUUGUACUUUGUGCGGGUGUGCUUACCGGAAUUCUGAGUGCCUGCGAGCUCCUUGUUAAGCUGUCAUGUGAUCUCGUCCUUCCUGGCGUAUUCCUUGCUACAGUGCCAGCGACAGGCGCCCCUUAUGUCGCAAUUAUCUCGUUCAUUGCAUUCAGCGCAUUAAUAUAUGCAAGCACGGGCGCAAACCUAACUGUGGUAUCCCAGAUGUUUACGAUGGUGUGGUUGGCCGUUAUGGCGCUCUUUCCAAUCUCUCUCAUACUCCUCCGUUUCUCACGACCUCGACUUCCGCGUGCAUCCCAAUGUUCACUGUUUGUCGUUGCUGGCGCUAUCAGUGUCACUGUAACUGUAGCGGCAGGAAACGUGGCCAUCGAUCCUGUCAUAGCAGGAUGGUUUGCUCUGUACCUCGUCAUCCUUCUCAUCUUGUUCUUUAUGUCGCAAAAUAAGGUAACUAUACUGCGAUGGGUAUACUGGGGAUAUGACCAGCUUCCCUGGCUACACGGACUGCAGCUUACCAGAGGGUGGGGUGACAGCCUGAUCCGGCGUAUGAGAAGCCUGCGCAGGCAGGAGGUUUGUUUGCUUGUUAAAACCGAUGAGAUCAACAGUUUGUUCAGUAUGAUUCUUUACGUCCGACAUAACGAAGAAACAUCACAUUUGAAAAUAGUGCACUUUCAUAGUGGUGACAUACCUUCGGAGAUGGAGGCCAAUGCGAAAAGAAAUAUUUUUUUAGUUUUGGACGAAGCAUUCCCUGAAAUCACUGUUGAUCUGAUGUUUAUUGAGGGUCAAUUCGAUCCAAAAAAUCUGGCCUCCCUAGCGCAUCAUUUGAAGAUUCCGCGAUCCCUCAUGUUCAUGAAUAGCCCAGGUCCAAAUUUUCAGUAUCCUGUGGCAGAGCUUGGAACGCGCAUCAUUUUGAUUUGA